UGGGAGAGAGUGCCACACCCCUACCCACUCACCCGAGUUUUUGCAAUCACAAGAGCACAAGAGAUCAAGGCACUAUCAGAGAUCAAGGCACUGGAUUACAGUUCAGAGAUUUCGGGUGUUUCCCUUUGUCUACUCUAAAAUACCAGGAAGGAAAAAGGAAUAUCUAUACAAGGAUUCAGUAAUCAUAAUCAGCCCUUAAAUCCUAACUUCUCAGCUACAAGAUCAUGGGAAAUGGCCAAAGAAUGUGGAAGAGGGGCUGUUUAAUAAAGUAAAAUAGCCGCCUGCAUUGGGCAUUGCAGGGAGAAGGGCCCUUUCCAACAAGGACUUUUCUAGAAGCCAAAACAGUUGACCUGCAGGGACUUUCCAAGAAGACAGAGCAGUGGAAGGCUCCUCCAGACCUGCAGACAAGCGACACCUGGGGAUGAGCGUUUUGUGCCCAGGAGGAAGAGCUCGUGAGAACCGACCAGCAGACUGCACUGCUCAGUAGGUGUCUGCUCCCCGCCGUGUGGGACACCCCCAUGUGACAUGGACACUCAACAUCGGCCAUCCCAGCACUUCCUCACUUGCUCCCACUCUGGCCCUCUCUGAGUCUCCCCGUCCCGCCCCCUUGGGGUGCCCACUUCCACUCUCUGAACAGGGGGCCACCCGAUCCGUGAGUCGCUCAAGAAAGCGGGGAGAACCUAAGUUUAAAAUUGGAAUUGAAAAGUUUUCCUUUUAACGGAAGCUGCACGGUGCACCACAGCAGGUCUGAGGAGUGGGCUCGGCUCGGGGUUCCGGCUAGAGCCAGCGCGGCAGACGAGGAGAGCAGUUCAGCCCCGACAGGUGCAGAGGGUUCAGCAACCUCCCCCCAAAUCCAUGACCCCCCAGAACCUCAAAGUGGUGCCUUAUUUGGAAAUCGGUCUCGGCAGAGGUGAUAAGGAGGCGCAAGGAGGUCGUGGGGAGGGCCGGGCCCCAGGUCCAAUGGCCGGUGUCUGGAAGGAGACAGACCCACGGGGGGACAGCCACACGGAGACAGCGGCAGGGACUGGGGGUGUCCACGGGCCAGAGAAGCUGAGCAUGGCCAUCCCCAGAAGCUGGAAUGGGCUGGAAGGGGCCGUCGGGGGGACGCAGUGCGGCAGUUUGUGGCAGUUGUUGACAGCAGCUGCAGGGGACCAGGUGACGUGAAAAUGAGGGUCCCAGGUAUGGGGCAGAACCCUGGGGGUGAGCCUGCAGCCCCUGAAUCCGACUCCCCUGAUCCCUGCAGGUGGCAGAAGCCCCACUCCCCAGGGAAAACAGCCCCCAUGCCUGGGGGCCCUGCAGUGACUUGGGUCGGGGGUCACAAGCCCUGCCCCCACCCCCUCUGGGUGCCCCGAGCCAGUCAGCAGGGCUGGGGUCCAGGAGAGGCCGAUGAGCCCCUCCCUGGCCCCCUGGUGCCCAUGGGCCUCCUGUGUGGGGGCGGCUACGACGGGGACACACCCACCCUUGCCCAGGUUCCGGCAAGGACCCCUGGGACUGCUCAUGGGGUCUGCCAGCCCUUGGCCCAUGUGCUUCUCAACCCCCACCCCAAGGCCUGCAGCCCCACGAGGGGGCCCUGUUCCUGCCCUGUGCAGCUCCCCUCGGCCACCUUCUGUCUGCACUUGCAGCACCCCAAAAAUAAUGCUCUUGGCCUCUUCCACGGGUUUCCUUCUAGAAGCUGCAGCCACAGGCACACACUCCCUUCUGGCAGCACCGUCAGAAGUGACAUCAGAAGGCACACAGGGAGGUGCCCAGGCUGCACCUUCCUGAGCUCCGUCUUCCUUAAAUCCCUGAUCACCAGCAGCCCGGGAGCGGGGCCCCUGGGCUCCUGGGCACAGCCGCCCCGCAGCACACGGCCCCGUCCACGUGCAGGUGCCGGACAGGUGCCUCCCGGACAACCCCCACCCGUCUCCCCUGGGGGGGCACCUUGCAUGCCCCACAAGCCCUCACAGGAGUGUCUCCGUCCCCUGGGGUGCCCAUGAAAGGCCUGCCCCUUUGACCAGCCGGUUAUAAGUCCACUUGGGCUCUCAUUCUCUCUUCUUAUCUGAGCUCAAGCCAGAACCAGGAACACAAGGGCCUGACAGGUGGCCCUCCAUGUCCUCUUUCUUGGAAUACUGAAUCCUUAAGGAACAAAAAGGUGAGCACUGCACUGUGGGAAUGAGAAGCGAGAAGGGCAGUUGCAUCCCUCUGCCGGCCCAGACUGGCCUCAGGCACCUGUUGUCAUUCCAGCUGGCCCUUGGGAUGUCACCUCUGCCCCAGGAA